AAUUUCGGUGAGUAUCCUUCAAUGUUUGGUUUUCUCAAUUCAAGAUUAGCUUUGAAUAAGAGUGUUUCUCUGCUUGUCUCAAAUGCCCAACUAGGUAUUCUUCCUUUUCACUCAUUAUUCCUAAUCCGAUCUUUUUCGUCUUCCCCUCCUUCUAAUUUGAAUGAGCACUCAUUUAUAGUCUCAUAUCUCAUAAAUUCAUGGGGAUUAACCCGAAAAUCUGCUCAAUCUAUCUCUAAGAGGAUGUGUUUUGAAACCACUGAAAGACCAGACUCUGUACUUAGGCUUCUCAGGGAACAUGGAUUCACCAAUUCCCAAAUCUCCAAAAUUGUUGAGGGUCGGCCACAGGUGCUUUUAGCCCAACCAGAAAAGACACUCUUGCCCAAAUUUGAGUUUCUGCGUUCUAUAGGGGUUUCAAGAUCAGGACUUUCUAUAAUAUUUAAUAGGAAUCCAGUUUUGUUGAGUCGAAGUAUAGAACGAUAUCUGAUUCCACUUCAUGAGAUCCUUAAAAGCGUACUUGUUUCUGAUGAGAAAGUAGUUAAGGCCCUGAAACGCAUGGGACGAAUUCUUUGUCUGUACUGCUUUCCAAAAAAUUUAUCACUCUUAAGAGGGCUUGGAGUCUCUCAAUCUUCCAUCUCUUACUUGGUCGCCCAAUCUCCGUCACUAAUGUUCCAAAAAGUGGGCAAGUUUGCUGAAAGGGUUAAUAAGGUUAUGAAACUAGGAUUUGACCCUUCAAAAAUUAUGUUUGUUCAGGCAGUCCUUGUUUUUUAUAUGAUGACGCACAAGACAUGGGAACAGAAAAUGGAGUUUUAUAGGAGGUUGGGUUUGUCUGAAGAUGAGAUUCGGUCGAUUUUCAGAAAGCAUCCCAACUGCAUGUGUUUGUCUGAGAAGAAGGUCAUGGCUACAAUGGAUUUUCUUGUGUGCAAGAUGGGUUGGCAGCCUGCUGCUGUUGUUAGAAUUCCAAAUGUGCUUUGUUAUAGUUUGGAGAGGAGGAUUAAGCCAAGAUGUUCAGUUGUAAGAGUUUUGCUUUUAAAGGGUUUGAUUAAGGCUGACGUAUAUUUAUCCUCAGUGUUGAGACCUUCUGAAAAGCUCUUCUUGGAAAGGUUUGUGAUCAAGUAUCAAGAACAUGUUCCUGACUUGUUGGAUAUCUAUCAAAGAAAAAUGGGUCUUGCAGAACUUGGCUUUGAAUUUGAUGAUAAAUUGAAGAUUUCUGGGUUAAAAAUGUAUAGGCUGCAGCAUGUCAAUCUUAAACCCUUUAAUUCCAAUUUGAUGUUGCUUUCAAAUUGGGAAUCAUCCCCAGGUGCUUCCAUGAAAGAACUUGACUGUGGGGAACUUAUUGUUGUGUUUUGUACCGUUAAGAAAAAAGCAGUUGGCUUGCUUGUAAGGAUGUUAGGUUACUUCCACAACCGAAUGAAGUCCUCAAAUCUAACUUGGACAGCAAUGUACAGGAUGCAGCAGAAGAAGGAUGUUGCUGCUGAAAGUCAGCAAGUUCUGAAUGAUCUUUCUUUGCAUCUUGCUCUUCGUCAAGAGGUCGUGUACAUAGAAGAGGGCAAGUUUUCUGAAGGGGUUAAGAAGAUCAUGAAACUAGGGUUUGACCCUUCAAAAUUUAUAUUUGUUGAGGCACUCCUUGUUUAUCAUAGGAUGACGCAGAAAACAUGGGAACACAAAAUGGAGUUUUACAGGAGAUGGGGUUUGUCUGAAGACGAGAUUUGUUUGAUUUUCAGAAAGCAUCCCAAAUGUAUGACGCUAUCUGAGAAGAAGGUCAUGGGUACAAUGGAUGUUCUUGUGUGCAAGAUGGGUUGGCAGCCUGCUGCUGUUGCUAGAGUUCCAGUUGUGCUUUCUUAUAGUUUGGAGAGGAGGAUUGUGCCAAGAUGUUCAGUCGUAAAAGUUUUGCUUUUAAAUGGUUUGAUUAAGGAAGACUUCCAUUUAUCUUCAGUGUUGAUACCCUCUGAAAAGCUCUUCUUGGAAAGGUUUGUGAUCAAGUAUCAAGAAAAUGUGCCUCAAUUGUUGGAUGUCUUCCAGAGAAAAAUGGGUCUUAAAGAAGCUUUGGCUUUGAUGAUAAAUUUAAGAUAUCUGGGUUAGAAAAUGUCUAGCCUGCAGCAUGUGAAUCUUAAACCCAUUAAUUCCGAUAUGAUGUUGCUUUCAAAUUGAUUCCCUUAAUUUCUUUGGUGCAUUGGUAAAGCUUUGAUGAGUAACCUUGAUAAACUAACUUUUACUUCUCAAUAUACUUUUCUUUUGUUCAAGUUCAAACUGGUCAAGAUUUGAAUUGCUCUUUUUUUUUUUUAAUCUCUAUCGUGCAAUAACUUGAGGUAAUGUAGAACAUUUGAUUGCUUGUUUCUUUAAACGAAAAUGUGUAUAUUUUUGUCAAGUGUUGAAAUUCUCUGUUGACAGUUAGUAGUCUUAUUAUAGUCAAGUACUUGAAUUAAAUUGGCAAGUUGAGAUAGCAGUUGCACUGCACUGUAAUUCUUCCAUGCAAGGACUUGAGUGUGAGAAGCUUCCUGUUAUAUUUUUGUAUUGUGAUGUUCAAAGAUCAACUGGGUACAUCUGUAAAUGGGUAUUCAAAACAGGAUGCUCAAUCGUAUAAUGAUAAUUCUACAAUCAAGACUUGGAUUUGGGAAA